AUGGUGGAUGGGAUUUUAAAACUCAACCUUCCCGGAAAUGGUCUGGAGGAAAGUACCAGAAGCCUCAGCCGUUACUACGAUGGCAAAGGGGACGCACCAAAACUGAACAAGAACCUCUUCCUCAAUUUGAAUGUACCGAUACCGGCUCUAAAUUACAUUAUCGACGAGAGUAAGAAUUACGUUGCGGGCAAUGCCCACUACCAACGGUGCAGCGAAGAAACCUUCCGGCACGCCAAGAACCUCCUGGACAUCAUCAUGCGAAUUUCCCUCCAGCGGAGGGCACGCACGAACCAGGGACAGAGAGAGAUGCUUUUCCUUCCCCCGCAGGGACUGCACACUGGAGAGGAAGCACACCCAACUGAGGGUAACAAGCAAACGGAACAACCAAAACGGGAAGAACUAACUGGACAGGCUGCAAAAAAUGGACUGGUCACGCCAAACGGAGAAGGCGUUUUUCCCAACAGGGAAACGCAACAAAGGGUUGACACUUCCCACGACGGUGACCCCACCAUAGCGCACGGAAAAAAUAUAGCAGGUAAAGGAGAAGUGGAAGGACUAAAGUAUUACCCAGGUUUUUGCAUGCAGUUGGGAGCCAAAGGAAGGAGGUGCAUGCUGGAGCUGAUCCGGAGAGUAUACAGAGAGAAAACCUCCACUUGCAAAAAUAUCUUGACACACAAAUUGAAGCCCCCUGCGUGUAUUUCAAACCUUCCCUUUUUUAACAUCCAUAUGUUGUGGAAGUUAUCGUAUGAAUUUGGUGUCUUCGAGGAGGCUCUAAAGAUCCACAGGAUUUAUGGACAGAGCGGCGGGACGUUCAAUGAGAUUUUAAAUGGGGGGUGCUCCAUGCCGAAUUGCUCCAACUGUGAGGGAGAAACAGACAAAGUUGGAACAAGAGUGAAAAGGGAGUUGAGCGAAGAGCAAAGUGGAACGAAUGGACCGCAUAAUGGGAACAGCAGCAACGGAGGACGGGUGCCAGCGGGGCGGAAAAGAAAACGACAGGAGUGCACACAGAACGGGGGGAAAUAUAACUGGAGUAGGGAAAGGCUACAAAGCUGCGAUGGAGUCCCCCCGAAAGAAGGUCCGAAGAAGGUGGUGCAUCUAUGUUCGGGAAGAGAUAUACCGGAUGGGAGAAGGCUCCCCAUGGAUACUGCUAAAUGGAUCAACUGGAACGGUUCAGAAAUGCAGACAAGCCAAUGUAUCUACCCUCAAGUUGGAUAUGCUUCCCCCGCUGAGGGGGCAGACGCACAAGGGAGUGCCCCCCCAAAGGACACAACAGAAGGGCCAACUAACUGGCUCCCUUUACCAAGUAGAGGCAUUACAAGUGGAGAAGGAAAAAAGGAAAACAUGACCACAGGUAAUGACCACAUGGAGGACGCCCUGCCCAAUUUGUUGUUCAAUGAAAACUGUGAGUCGUGCAGGAUGAACAGGGCGUAUGGGAAACGGAGCCUCCAAAAGGGGCGCUUCGAUGAAAAAAAGGAAACAAGCAAAAGUGAGGAAGAGGAAGAGGAGGUCAGCUCCGCAACGGAGGAGGGGGAACCAAUCCAGACGUUCGAUAUAAGAAACGACUUGAAGGUGGACUCCGUAGAGGAAUUACUCUCCAACUUUGUUCACAUCAGCAAUGCAAUACUGCUUCACCUUAAAAAAAAUAAAGGUACCUGUCUCCCCAGGGGAAAAUACAGUUUGCUGAGUGACCACUGCUUGUUGCUAAUCCCGAUAAAUCAACAGAGGAGAAGGAAGACGGCAAGGAGCAAUGCACACAAGGGGAACGAACCCAAUUCACAUGAAGGUAACGUACCCAAUGCACAUGAAGGUAACCGACCCAAUGCACAUGAAGGUAACCGACCCAAUGCACAUGAAGGUAACGUACCCAAUGCACAACGGAGAGUUCACCACCAGUAUGAUCAUCGGGGGGUAGAACAAAUGAAAACCGAUCGAGUCCUCCACGAGGUGGGCAACGUCACCACGUCAAACAACUCCAUAAAGGACAGUUUACCACAGGGACAACGCAAAACUGCCAAAUGGAGAAGGCAACAAUGUUGUUCACCUGCACGGGGGAAGAGGAAGAAGCUAAGCAAUGGGAUGACCUCUGGAAUGAUCAGCGGGAUAGCCCCUGUGGUCAUAGCAAAAAACAAGCCCCUCGAGUCAACCAGGGGGGACUACAUUAAAUUACCCCCGUCAGCAGAGAUCCAAAAACAUAUCACGCCCCUACUGGCAGACAACUGGGGAAGCUGCACCAACCGUGCCAGUGACACGGGAAAAACAACACGCAAGAGAAAAAACCCAAGUGACGCACGGAGGGGACGGAGCCCAAAUGAUACCACCACCCGGUUAACCACUCCGUACAACGAAUCAUAA